AUGCCGGAUUCAAACAGUACCGCCGACGACAUUGUCUGCUACGCACCAACUCUGGUCACCACAAAUGGCAUCUGGCAAGGAGACAACCCUUUGGACUAUUCUCUUCCUCUCUUCAUCCUACAGUUAACCUUAGUAGUCCUCGCCACUCGCAUCUUCGUCUUCAUCCUCAAACCCUUUCGCCAGCCUCGUGUCGUUUCAGAAAUCCUGGGUGGAGUAAUGUUGGGUCCAUCGGUGCUGGGACAAACAGGGAAAUUUGCGAAUGCGAUAUUUCCUUUAAGAAGUGUGAUGGUAAUUGAAACAAUGGCUAAUGUGGGUCUGCUUUAUUUUCUGUUCUUGGUGGGUUUAGAGAUGGAUAUUAUGGUCAUAAAACGUGUAGGGAAAAAAGCAGUGGCCACAGCUAUUGCUGGUAUGAUCUUACCUUUCGCCAUUGGAGCUGCUUUCUCCUUCCUUCUUCACAAAGAAAAUCAGACAAACAUGAGCCAUGGAACCUACAUUCUCUUCCUUGGUGUUGCUCUCUCUGUAACUGCAUUUCCUGUUCUUGCUCGUGUUCUUGCAGAGCUCAAGUUGAUUAACACAGAACUCGGCAAAAUCGCUCUUUCUUCUGCUUUAAUCAAUGAUAUGUUUGCUUGGGUUCUGUUGGCUUUAGCCAUUGCUUUGGCUGAGAAUCAAUCUGCAUCGUUGGCUUCUCUUUGGGUUCUUAUUUCAAGUGCAGCUUUUGUAGGGUUCUGUUUAUUUGCAGUAAGACCAGCAAUUUCAUGGAUAAUCUCGAGAACUCCAGAAGGAGAAGCUUUCAGUGAGUUCCACAUAUCAUUGAUUCUAUCUGGGGUUAUGAUUUCUGGUUUUAUCACUGACGCCAUUGGGACCCACUCUGUGUUUGGAGCUUUUGUUUAUGGUUUGGCCAUCCCUAAUGGCCCACUUGGUAUGACUCUCGUCGAGAAGCUUGAGGACUUUGUCUCUGGACUUUUGCUUCCUCUCUUCUUCGCCAUCAGUGGCCUUAAAACUAACAUUGGAGCCAUCAAGGGAGCUGCCACGUGGGCUAUUCUCUUCCUCGUCAUCUUCCUUGCAUGUAUCGGAAAAAUCAUCGGAACCUUGGCCGUCGCCAUCUAUUAUCAGAUGGGCCUCCGUGAAGGUACUUCCAUUGGCUUGCUCAUGAACACUAAAGGCCUCGUCGAAAUCGUUGUCCUUAACGUAGGAAGAGACCAGAAGGUGUUGGAUGAUGAAUCAUUUGCGAUCAUGGUGUUAAUAACAUUGGUGAUGACUGGAAUUAUAGUACCGUUAGUGUCAUUGAUUUACAAACCGUCAAGGAGGAUUGUGUCGUACAAAAGAAGGACGAUCCAGACAGCAAAACGAGAUGCAGAGUUGAGAAUCCUAGUAUGCAUCCACACUCCUAGGAACGUUCCGACCAUAAUCAACCUUCUCGAAGCUUCGAACCCGACGAAGAAAUCACCUAUCUGCACCUACGUCCUCCACUUGGUGGAACUCACCGGUCGGACCUCCGCCAUGCUUAUCGUCCAUAACACCAGAAAACCAGACUGCCCCGCCAUUAACAGAACCCAAGCUCAAUCCGACCACAUCAUCAACGCCUUCGAGAACUUCGAACAACACGUAGGUGGUGUUUCUGUCCAGCCCUUAACAGCAAUCUCUCCUUACUCCACCAUGCAUGAAGAUAUCUGCAACCUCGCAGAAGACAAGAGAGUCUCCUUCAUCAUCAUCCCUUUCCACAAACAACAAACUGUCGACGGUGGAAUGGAAGCCACCAACAUGGCCUUCCGUACAAUCAACCAGAACUUGCUCGCCAACUCACCUUGCUCCGUCGGAAUCCUCGUCGACCGAGGACUUACAGGCUCUAACAGAUUAGCCGCCAAUCAGAUCACCCACCACGUGGUCGUUUUGUUCUUCGGUGGCCCCGACGACAGAGAAGCGUUGUCGUACGCCGGGAGGAUGUUGGACCAUCCGGGGAUACAUCUAACGGUGAUGCGUUUUGUUCCCGGAGAAGAAGCAGUGGAGCAACAAUCUGGUACGAACAAAGACAGAGAGAAGCGAUUAGAUGAGAGUAUUCUGAAGGAGUUUCGAAUAAGAAGUGAGCACGAUGAUUCACAGCUGGCUUAUACGGAGAAAGUGGUGAAUAACGGAGAAGAGACUGUGGCGGCGAUUAGGUCGAUGGAUGAUAUACACAACUUGUUUAUAGUGGGAAGAGGACAAGGGAUUAUAACGCCUUUGACGGCGGGGCUGACGGACUGGAGUGAAUGUCCGGAGUUAGGGGCCAUCGGGGAUUUGUUGGCCUCGUCGGAUUUCGCCGCAACGGCGUCGGUUUUGGUGGUGCAGCAGUACAUCGGGUCGUUCGGAGACGCCUUGACGACGCCGGAGCACACCCAUGAUCAGGAAUAUCAUCACCGUCAGGAUCAUCUCUCGCCACUAAAUAGAGCUCAGACUAAUGCGUUCCGUACAGAAUCCAUGGCCUUGUGA